AUGCCGAGAGACACUACUUUCUCGAUAAAAUGGUUACAAAAAACUGAUUCAACAGGCAAGCCUUGUUCCAUUUGGCUACGGCAAGGUAAAGAAAAGAGUACAUUCAUAUGUACCGUAUGCAAUAUCGAACUCAGCUGUGCCAAUGGAGGUUGGACCAACGUGAAAAAUCAUUCUGAACGACCAAAGCAUCUGCAAUGCCUUAAAGAAGUUUUGGAAUCGGGGCAGCUUAUUGCCUCUACUACAAAAUUACCGUUUAUUAACGAUAAUAACACCGAAAAUCAGUCUUCUAAUGCUUCUUCAUCAACAACAACAAACAAUUCGACUUUCAUAGUACUCAACAGCAAUACCGAUCGAGCUUUGACUCAUGAUGAAAAGGUUCUUCGUGCUGAAUGUUAUUGGGCUAUGGCAACAGCACAGCUUGGAUUUAGUUAUGCGGCAUCACAGGAUAUUCCUGAAUUAUUUGCAGCAAUGUUUCCCGAUAGCAAGGUGGCUGCUGAUUAUGCAAUGAAAGAUCGCAAGGUGUCUUAUAUCUUGUCUCAUGGAACUGGCUAUUUUUUUGCUCGUGAACUUGUCAAAGACGUACUUAAAGCUCCAGCGUACUCGUUAUUAUUCGAUGAAACUACUAUUGUUGGAGUAAGAAAGCAAUUGGACUUACAUCUUCGUUAUUGGAGUGAGCACAAACAAUGUGUUGUAACACGAUAUUGGAAGAGCAUUAUGCUUGGACAUGCAACAGCAGACAUAAUCAGUCAACAUCUACUUGAUUCAUUAAAAUCUGACGGAAUCGACUUGUCUAAUCUUUUUCAACUGGGUCGGGACAAUCCAAACGUCAACAAAGCAGUAGAAAAUACAGUGGAGAAGGAAGUCCGAUCAGAGCGGGGGAAAAAAACAGGGCAUGUAUCAAACAAAGGUUUAGUUUCUAUUGGACCUUGCCCCCUCCAUAUCAUUCACAAUGCAUUUAAACAAGGUUUUACACAGAAUGACUGGCAAAUUGAAGAAAUUUUAUAUGAUUUUUGGUUUUUCUUUUCUCGAUCAUCAGCUCGUCGUGAAGAUUAUUUAAACUUAGUAAAAACUAUUGGUGAUGGUGUUGGUCGUUUUAUGAAACGUUUUGUUAUCACUCGUUGGAUUGAAGUUGGUCCAGUUAUUGAACGAGUAAUUGAUCAAUGGCCAAUUCUAACUGAAUACUUUCUCGUUUAUUUGCCCAAAAUUAACAAAAAGAUUAUAGAUGACGACAGAUGGAAGCGAAUCAAAAAACAACUCGAACAAAAACAAACGCUCGUACACUUCCAUUUCAUUCUUUACGUAUAUCGUCAUAUAUUUUCGAAACCUUUGACGUGGCUGCAGCAACAACAACCACUGGUUCAUAUGCUCUUCGACGAAUGCAGUAAUUUAUUGAAGAAUGUACUAAACAGUUUUAUAAAAGACGAUUUAUCAACAAACAAAACUGUACAACAACUGCUCUCAAUCUCAUUUGAUUCUCAAGCUAAUCAAAAACCAGAUUCAAAACUUGCUAUUGGUAAAGUCACACGUAAUGUAUUCAAUGAAAUGGCAACAAAUGAAAAAAACAUGUUCCUGAAAGAUGUUCGUGAUAUUUACAUCAUAAUCAGUCGAGAAUUAGCACGUACAUUACCAUUAACUAACAAUUUUUUACGAAAUUUACAAUUCAUCAAUCCACUUCUACGUCAUCACGAGUCUUCACAUGACAGUUUGAUGAUUGUUGCACGUGAUUUACCUCAGUUGUUCUCUAACAAUGAUCUUGAUCAACUAAAUGCUGAAUGGCGUUUAUACGAAAAUGAAACUAUUCCGGACGAUUGGUAUCUGCAGAAAAGUAUCAAUGGUGACCACUACGAAGUGAUAAAGUAUCAUCCAGUCGAUCAUUAUUGGAAGCAUGUAUUCAACAUCAAGAAUAAUUUAGGUGUUCCAAAAUUUGUCAUGUUAUCGAAACUUAUCAAGAGUCUCUUAGCACUAUCACACGGUAACGCCGACGUCGAGCGGGGAUUUAGUGAAAAUGCAGCACUAGUUACUGAUAAUCGAUCGUCUUUAAGUGAAACAUCUGUCAAUGGAUUACGAAUAACAAAAGAUGCUGUGAAAUUCUAUGGUCAAGGUAAAGUUCACGAUGCAACUAAUGCUGUUCCGAUUUGUAAAAGUCUUCUUGACAAUGUCAAAGAAGCAUAUUCUCGAUAUCGGAUCGAUCAGGAGAAAAUCCAAAAAUUAAUUAAAGAAAAAGAAGAAUUGGAAACAGCUGCAAAAUUACUUAAAACACAAGAACUUCUUUUAGUGGAAAAAGAACAGAAACUAAUCGAUGAACGUAAACUCUUGCAACACGAACUGAACAACGCGUCGAAAAUGCUUGAUGAAGGUAACUCACGGCUUGAAGCUGCUGUUGCAACUAAAAACUUCGAUAAUGUCGAAGUGGCACAACUACUAAUCGGAGGUGCCAACAAGAAAUUGGACGUUUUAAGAGCACAACUUAGUAAUAAUAGUGAUCAACUGAAUCAGCUUAGAAAGAAAAUGAAAAAAUGA